AGCAGUCGUGCAUUCCCAGCCUCGCCUCGGGUGUAGGGAUUGCAUAGAAAAGCAAAACUACACAGUCUUGACUGUGUAGUUUUGUUUUUAGGAUUAGAGGCUCACCGAUUCAUGUCGGAGAUGGUCAGAAAAACCAACUCUCCAUAGGACGUCGUUUCAGAAGCAACCUUGGGCUUAGUCCCACCCUUUUUAGGCACUCUUGAGAAAUCAGAGUGCCUAGAAAGAUGACAACUCAAGCACCGACGUUUACGCAGCCGUUACAAAGCGUUGUGGUACUGGAGGGUAGUACCGCAACCUUUGAGGCUCACAUUAGUGGUUUUCCAGUUCCUGAGGUGAGCUGGAUUCGGGAUGGCCAGGUGAUUUCCACUUCCACUCUGCCCGGCGUGCAGAUCUCCUUUAGCGAUGGCCGCGCUAAACUGACGAUCCCCGCCGUGACUAAAGCCAACAGUGGACGAUAUUCCCUGAGAGCCACCAAUGGAUCUGGACAAGCGACUAGUACUGCUGAGCUUCUCGUGAAAGCUGAGACAGCACCACCCAACUUCGUUCAACGACUGCAGAGCAUGACCGUGAGACAAGGAAGCCAAGUGAGACUCCAAGUGAGAGUGACUGGAAUCCCUACACCUGUGGUGAAGUUCUACCGGGAUGGAGCCGAAAUCCAGAGCUCCCUUGAUUUCCAAAUUUCACAAGAAGGCGAGCUCUACAGCUUACUGAUUGCAGAAGCAUACCCUGAAGACUCAGGGACCUAUUCAGUAAAUGCCACCAAUAGCGUUGGAAGAGCUACUUCGACUGCUGAAUUACUGGUUCAAGGUGAAGAAGAAGUACCUGCUAAAAAGACAAAGACAAUUGUUUCGACUGCUCAGAUUUCAGAAUCAAGACAAACCCGAAUUGAAAAGAAGAUAGAAGCCCACUUUGAUGCCAGAUCAAUUGCAACUGUUGAGAUGGUCAUAGAUGGUGCCGCUGGGCAACAGCUGCCACAUAAAACACCUCCCAGGAUUCCUCCGAAGCCAAAAUCAAGAUCCCCAACGCCACCGUCCAUUGCUGCCAAAGCACAGCUGGCUCGGCAGCAGUCCCCAUCGCCCAUAAGACACUCCCCUUCCCCGGUCAGACACGUGCGGGCACCGACCCCAUCGCCGGUCAGGUCUGUGUCUCCGGCAGCAAGAAUCUCCACAUCCCCCAUCAGGUCUGUUAGGUCUCCAUUGCUCAUGCGUAAGACUCAGGCAUCCACCAUGGCCACAGGUCCCGAAGUGCCACCCCCUUGGAAGCAAGAGGGAUACGUGGCCUCCUCAUCUGAGGCUGAGAUGAGAGAGACAACGCUGACAACCUCUACUCAGAUCAGGACAGAAGAGAGAUGGGAAGGGAGAUACGGUAUCCAGGAGCAAAUGACCAUCAGUGGCGCUGCGGGUGCUGCCGCCAGUGUGUCGGCCAGUGCUACCUACGCAGCAGAGGCUGUUGCCACUGGUGCUAAAGAGGUGAAACAAGAUGCUGACAAAAGUGCAGCUGUUGCGACUGUUGUUGCUGCCGUUGAUAUGGCCAGAGUGAGAGAACCAGUGAUCAGCGCUGUAGAGCAGACUGCUCAGAGGACAACCACGACUGCUGUGCACGUCCAACCUGCUCAAGAACAGGUGAGAAAGGAGGCGGAGAAGACUGCUGUAACUAAGGUAGUAGUGGCCGCCGACAAAGCCAAGGAACAAGAAUUAAAAUCAAGAACCAGAGAAGUAAUUACCACAAAGCAAGAGCAGAUGCACGUAACUCAUGAGCAGAUAAGAAAAGAAACUGAAAAAACAUUUGUACCAAAGGUAGUAAUUUCGGCAGCUAAAGCCAAAGAACAAGAAACUAGAAUUUCUGGAGAAAUUACUACGAAACAAAAACAAGUAACUCAAGAAACAAUAAGACAGGAAACUGAGAUAACUGCUGCAUCCAUGGUGGUAGUUGCCACUGCAAAGUCCACAAAACUAGAAACAGUCCUGGGAGCUCAAGAAGAAACUGCCACACAACAAGAUCAAAUGCACCUAAGUCAUGAAAAGAUAAUGAAGGAAACUAGGAAAACAGUUGUACCUAAAGUCAUAGUUGCCACACCCAAAGUCAAAGAACAAGAUUUAGUAUCAAGAAGUAGAGAAGGCAUUGCUACCAAAAGAGAACAAGUUCAAAUAACUCAGGAAAAGAUGAGAAAGGAAGCUGAGAAAACUGCCUUGUCUACAAUAGCAGUUGCUACUGCUAAAGCCAAAGAACAAGAAACAAUACUGAGAACUAGAGAAACUAUGGCUACUAGACAAGAACAAACCCAAGUUACCCAUGGAAAGGUGGAUGUUGGAAAAAAGGCUGAAGCUGUAGCAACAGUUGUUGCUGCAGUAGACCAAGCCCGAGUCAGAGAGCCCAGAGAGCCUGGGCGUCUUGAAGAAUCCUAUGCUCAGCAGACCACUUUGGAGUACGGAUAUAAGGAACGUAUUUCCGCCGCAAAGGUAGCUGAGCCUCCCCAACGUCCAGCCUCAGAACCCCACGUUGUCCCUAAAGCAGUCAAGCCUGUAGUAAUCCAGGCUCCUUCUGAGACUCAUAUCAAAACUACUGAUCAAAUGGGAAUGCACAUAUCAUCACAGAUCAAGAAAACUACAGAUCUAACAACGGAAAGAUUAGUCCAUGUGGAUAAACGCCCCCGCACAGCUAGCCCUCACUUUACUGUUUCAAAAAUUUCUGUUCCUAAGACAGAACAUGGAUAUGAGGCAUCAAUAGCCGGUAGUGCUAUUGCCACAUUACAAAAAGAGUUGUCAGCCGCAUCUUCUGCUCAGAAGAUCACCAAAUCGGUGAAGGCUCCUACUGUGAAGCCCAGUGAGACUAGAGUAAAGGCAGAGCCCACACCCUCGCCACAGUUCCCCUUCGCUGACACGCCAGAUACUUACAAGAGUCAAGCUGGCGUUGAGGUGAAAAAGGAAGUAGGGGUGAGCAUCACUGGCGCCACCGUCCGUGAAGAGCGCUUUGAAGUACUGCACGGGCGCGAAGCCAAGGUAACAGAAACAGCAAGAGUACCAGCACCUGCUGAAAUUCCUGUUACUCCACCAACUUUGGUCUCGGGCUUAAAAAAUGUGACAGUCAUAGAAGGUGAAUCUGUCACCUUGGAGUGCCACAUCUCUGGAUACCCAUCCCCGACAGUGACAUGGUACAGGGAAGACUACCAAAUCGAAAGUUCCAUUGACUUCCAGAUAACCUUCCAGAGUGGAAUCGCUCGUCUUAUGAUUCGCGAAGCGUUUGCGGAAGACAGCGGGCGAUUUACCUGCAGUGCUGUUAAUGAGGCUGGAACCGUCAGCACAUCCUGCUAUCUGGCUGUGCAGGUGUCAGAAGAAUUUGAAAAGGAAACCACAGCCGUGACUGAGAAAUUUACCACAGAAGAGAAACGCUUUGUUGAGUCAAGAGAUGUGGUUAUGACUGAUACUAGCAUCACAGAGGAACAAGCAGGGCCUGGAGAACCUGCUGCGCCUUACUUUAUUACAAAACCAGUGGUCCAGAAACUGGUGGAAGGUGGGAGCGUGGUGUUUGGAUGCCAAGUUGGUGGCAACCCAAAGCCCCAUGUGUACUGGAAAAAAUCUGGUGUUCCUCUGACCACUGGAUACAGAUACAAAGUGAGUUACAACAAACAAACCGGUGAAUGCAAGCUAGUAAUUUCUAUGACUUUUGCUGAUGAUGCUGGAGAAUACACUAUUGUUGUUCGUAAUAAGCAUGGAGAAAUUUCUGCAUCUGCUUCCUUGCUUGAAGAAGCUGAUUAUGAGUCACUGAUGAAGUCCCAGCAAGAAAUGCUUUACCAGACACAAGUGACUGCAUUUGUUCAAGAACCCAAAGUUGGAGAAACAGCCCCUGGAUUUGUAUACUCUGAGUAUGAAAAAGAGUAUGAAAAAGAACAAGCCUUAAUUAGGAAGAAAAUGGCCAAAGAUACUGUAAUGGUCAGAACAUAUGUAGAAGAUCAGGAAUUCCAUAUUUCUUCCUUUGAAGAGAGACUUAUUAAAGAAAUUGAAUAUAGAAUAAUAAAGACUACAUUAGAAGAACUUCUUGAAGAAGAUGGAGAAGAAAAGAUGGCAGUUGACAUUUCUGAAUCUGAAGCUGUUGAAUCAGGAUUUGAGUUAAGAAUCAAGAAUUAUAGAAUUCUUGAGGGGAUGGGUGUCACUUUUCAUUGCAAGAUGUCUGGAUAUCCAUUACCAAAGAUUGCUUGGUACAAAGAUGGCAAGCGCAUCAAACAUGGAGAAAGAUAUCAAAUGGACUUUCUACAAGAUGGCAGAGCUAGUCUGCGUAUACCUGUUGUUCUUCCAGAAGAUGAAGGAAUCUACACUGCAUUUGCCAGCAAUAUUAAAGGAAAUGCAAUUUGCUCAGGGAAAUUGUAUGUGGAGCCUGCUGCACCACUUGGAGCUCCAACUUACAUCCCCACACCAGAGCCAGUGAGCAGAAUCAGAUCUCUCUCUCCACGUUCAGUGAGCAGGUCUCCUAUACGCAUGUCUCCUGCACGGAUGUCACCUGCAAGGAUGUCUCCUGCACGGAUGUCCCCUGCAAGAAUGUCCCCUGGACGUAGGCUGGAGGAGACAGAUGAGUCACAACUUGAGAGACUGUAUAAACCAGUCUUUGUGUUAAAACCUGCUUCUUUCAAAUGUUUAGAAGGGCAAACUGCCAGAUUUGACUUAAAGGUUGUUGGUAGACCUAUGCCAGAGACGUUCUGGUUUCAUGAUGGCCAGCAAAUUGUCAAUGACUAUACCCAUAAAGUGGUCAUUAAAGAAGAUGGUACUCAAUCACUAAUUAUUGUCCCUGCCACACCCAGUGAUUCUGGGGAAUGGACUGUGGUUGCCCAAAACAGGGCAGGCAGAUCUUCAAUUUCAGUGAUUUUAACUGUGGAAGCUGUGGAACAUCAGGUAAAACCAAUGUUUGUAGAAAAACUGAAAAAUCUCAAUGUAAAGGAAGGUUCCCGACUUGAAAUGAAAGUCAGAGCUACGGGUAACCCCAACCCUGACAUUGUAUGGUUGAAAAACAGUGACAUCAUUGUGCCUCAUAAAUAUCCCAAAAUCAGAAUUGAAGGAACCAAGGGAGAAGCUGCCCUUAAAAUCGAUUCCACUGUCAGCCAAGAUUCUGCCUGGUAUACCGCGACUGCUAUUAAUAAAGCUGGCAGAGACACUACAAGAUGCAAAGUAAAUGUUGAAGUUGAGUUUGCAGAGCCUGAACCAGAGAGAAAAUUAAUCAUCCCAAGGGGGACAUAUAGAGCAAAGGAGAUUGCAGCCCCAGAACUGGAGCCCCUCCAUUUGCGAUAUGGUCAAGAGCAAUGGGAAGAAGGUGAUCUCUAUGACAAAGAGAAACAACAGAAACCAUUCUUCAAGAAAAAACUCACCUCCUUAAGACUUAAGCGCUUUGGACCUGCCCACUUUGAAUGCAGGCUAACACCCAUUGGUGACCCAACGAUGGUGGUGGAGUGGCUCCAUGAUGGAAAGCCACUUGAGGCAGCCAACAGGCUCCGUAUGAUCAAUGAAUUUGGGUACUGCAGCCUUGAUUAUGGUGUUGCAUAUUCUAGAGACAGUGGUAUCAUUACUUGCAGAGCCACUAACAAAUACGGAACAGAUCAUACAUCUGCUACCCUUAUUGUUAAAGAUGAGAAAAGUCUUGUGGAAGAAUCCCAGUUGCCUGAGGGGAGGAAAGGCUUACAGAGAAUUGAAGAAUUAGAGAGAAUGGCUCAUGAAGGUGCACUUACAGGUGUAACAACAGAUCAGAAAGAAAAGCAAAAGCCAGACAUUGUCUUGUUCCCAGAGCCAGUUAGAGUACUUGAAGGGGAGACUGCAAGGUUCCGCUGCAGGGUAACAGGCUACCCUCAGCCCAAAGUCAACUGGUACCUCAAUGGACAGCUCAUUCGCAAAAGCAAAAGGUUCAGAGUUCGCUAUGAUGGUAUCCAUUACCUGGACAUCGUGGACUGCAAAUCAUAUGACACAGGUGAAGUGAAGGUCACCGCAGAAAAUCCUGAAGGUGUGAUAGAGCAUAAAGUGAAGCUUGAGAUUCAACAGAGGGAAGAUUUUAGGUCUGUUCUUAGGAGAGCUCCUGAACCAAGGCCCGAGUUUCACGUACACGAACCAGGAAAGCUUCAGUUUGAAGUACAAAAAGUGGAUAGACCUGUUGACACCACUGAAACCAAAGAAGUUGUGAAGUUGAAAAGGGCUGAAAGAAUUACCCAUGAAAAAGUGCCCGAAGAGUCGGAAGAGCUGCGCAGUAAAUUCAAGCGCAGAACAGAAGAGGGCUAUUAUGAAGCCAUUACCGCUGUGGAGCUCAAGUCUCGAAAGAAAGAUGAAUCCUAUGAGGAACUCCUCAGGAAGACAAAAGAUGAACUUCUCCACUGGACCAAAGAGUUAACUGAAGAGGAAAAGAAAGCUCUUGCCGAAGAAGGCAAAAUCACGAUUCCAACUUUUAAACCUGAUAAGAUUGAACUAAGUCCUAGUAUGGAGGCUCCAAAAAUCUUCGAAAGAAUCCAAAGCCAAACAGUGGGCCAAGGAUCUGAUGCACACUUCCGGGUCAGAGUCGUGGGGAAACCAGACCCUGAAUGUGAAUGGUACAAAAAUGGUGUCAAAAUUGAACGGUCUGACCGGAUCUACUGGUACUGGCCCGAAGACAAUGUUUGUGAAUUGGUCAUAAGAGAUGUGACUGCUGAGGACUCUGCCAGCAUCAUGGUAAAAGCCAUCAACAUAGCUGGAGAAACCUCCAGUCACGCAUUCUUACUUGUCCAAGCCAAGCAAUUGAUCACUUUCACACAGGAAUUACAAGAUGUUGUUGCUAAGGAAAAAGAUACUAUGGCAACCUUUGAAUGUGAAACUUCAGAACCAUUUGUCAAAGUGAAAUGGUAUAAAGAUGGUAUGGAGGUUCAUGAGGGAGAUAAAUACAGGAUGCACUCUGACAGAAAGGUUCACUUCCUCUCCAUACUGACCAUUGAUAUGUCUGAUGCUGAAGAUUACAGCUGUGUACUUGUGGAAGAUGAAAAUAUCAAAACAACUGCUAAACUUAUUGUUGAAGGUGCAGUUGUUGAGUUUGUGAAGGAACUUGAGGACAUAGAAGUUCCAGAAUCAUAUUCAGGAGAAUUAGAGUGUAUUGUAUCCCCAGAAAAUAUAGAAGGAAAAUGGUAUCAUAACAAUGUGGAGCUUAAAUCCAAUGGCAAAUACACAAUUACAUCUCGUCGUGGACGUCAGAACCUCACAGUCAAGGACGUAACCAAGGAGGACCAGGGAGAAUACAGCUUUGUCAUUGACGGAAAAAAGACAACCUGUAAACUAAAGAUGAAACCCCGCCCCAUUGCUAUCCUACAAGGACUUAGUGACCAAAAAGUCUGUGAGGGUGACAUUGUUCAGCUUGAAGUUAAAGUCUCCUUGGAAAGUGUGGAAGGUGUCUGGAUGAAAGACGGCCAAGAAGUGCAGCCCAGUGACAGGGUUCACAUUGUGAUAGACAAACAAUCUCAUAUGCUGCUCAUUGAAGACAUGACUAAGGAAGAUGCUGGAAAUUACUCUUUCACCAUUCCAGCCCUUGGCCUCUCCACCAGUGGGCGUGUCUCUGUCUAUAGUGUGGACGUGAUAACACCUCUAAAAGAUGUUAAUGUGAUUGAAGGCACAAAGGCUGUGCUUGAAUGUAAGGUCUCAGUCCCUGAUGUGACUUCUGUUAAGUGGUACUUAAAUGAUGAACAAAUCAAGCCUGAUGACCGUGUGCAUGCCAUUGUAAAAGGUACUAAACAGCGGCUAGUCAUUAACCGAACUCACGCUUCAGACGAAGGACCCUACAAGCUGAUAGUUGGCAGAGUUGAAACCAACUGUAAUCUCUCUGUAGAAAAAAUUAAAAUUAUCAGAGGUCUUCGUGACCUUACCUGUACAGAAACUCAAAAUGUGGUGUUUGAGGUUGAGCUGUCCCACUCUGGAAUUGAUGUCUUGUGGAAUUUUAAGGACAAGGAAAUCAAACCCAGUUCUAAAUAUAAAAUCGAAGCACACGGAAAAAUAUAUAAACUGACAGUUCUAAAUAUGAUGAAAGAUGAUGAAGGAAAAUAUACAUUUUAUGCGGGAGAAAAUAUGACAUCUGGAAAACUUACUGUGGCAGGUGGGGCCAUCUCCAAGCCACUCACAGAUCAGACCGUAGCUGAAUCCCAGGAAGCUGUGUUUGAAUGUGAAGUUGCCAACCCAGAUUCCAAAGGCGAAUGGUUGAGGGAUGGCAAACACCUACCACUGACUAACAACAUCAGAAGUGAGUCUGAUGGCCACAAAAGGAGACUUAUCAUUGCUGCCACCAAAUUAGAUGACAUUGGAGAAUAUACCUACAAGGUGGCCACCUCCAAAACAUCUGCCAAACUCAAAGUUGAAGCUGUCAAAAUUAAGAAGACUCUGAAGAACCUCACAGUGACAGAAACACAGGAUGCUGUUUUCACUGUCGAGCUUACACACCCUAAUGUCAAAGGUGUCCAGUGGAUCAAAAAUGGAGUUGUGCUGGAAUCCAAUGAAAAGUAUGCUAUCUCUGUCAAAGGAACAGUUUACUCUCUGAGGAUUAAAAACUGUGCCAUCGUGGAUGAGUCUGUUUAUGGCUUCAGGCUUGGAAGGCUAGGAGCCAGUGCCAGACUGCACGUGGAGACUGUCAAGAUCAUUAAAAAGCCAAAGGAUGUGACAGCCUUGGAAAAUGCCACGGUUGCCUUUGAAGUUAGUGUUUCCCAUGACACCGUUCCAGUAAAAUGGUUCCAUAAGAAUGUGGAAAUUAAGCCAAGUGACAAACACAGACUGGUCUCAGAAAGGAAGGUCCACAAGCUGAUGCUGCAGAACAUCUCCCCCUCAGAUGCUGGGGAAUACACAGCUGUGGUGGGGCAAUUGGAAUGCAAAGCAAAACUGUUUGUGGAGACAUUACAUAUUACAAAAACCAUGAAAAAUAUCGAGGUGCCUGAGACCAAAACUGCCUCUUUUGAGUGUGAGGUGUCCCACUUCAAUGUCCCUUCCAUGUGGCUGAAGAAUGGUGUGGAAAUUGAGAUGAGUGAAAAGUUCAAGAUAGUUGUGCAGGGAAAACUCCACCAGCUGAUCAUCAUGAACACCAGCACAGAGGACUCGGCAGAAUACACAUUUGUCUGUGGCAAUGACCAAGUCAGCGCCACCCUGACAGUCACCCCUCGUCAUAUAGAAUUUAGGAAACACAUUAAGGACAUUAAGGUUCUGGAGAAGAAGCGAGCCAUGUUUGAAUGUGAAGUUUCUGAACCUGAUAUCACUGUACAGUGGAUGAAAGAUGACCAGGAACUGCAGAUCACAGACAGAAUAAAGAUUCAGAAGGAGAAAUAUGUCCACCGCCUUCUGAUCCCAUCCACCCGGAUGUCUGAUGCUGGGAAGUACACAGUGGUGGCAGGAGGCAACGUGUCAACUGCAAACCUCUUUGUAGAAGGCAGAGAUGUUCGCAUCCGAAGUAUUAAAAAGGAGGUUCAGGUAUCCAUCGCUAAGCCCCCACCCCAAACAGAAACUGGGAUAAUCAGAGUUUUGCAUGCUCUCCUGUGUUUUUACACUUUUUUAUGGGCUAUUUGUCAACAUUUACUCCUAGCUCCUGAACCGCCCCAAGUUCUGCAGGAGCUCCAGCCUGUCACUGUGCAGUCUGGCAAGCCGGCCCGCUUCUGUGCCGUGAUAUCCGGCAGACCACAGCCCAAAAUUUCCUGGUACAAGGAAGAGCAGCUGCUUUCCACUGGCUUCAAGUGCAAAUUUCUUCAUGAUGGGCAAGAGUACACGCUUUUGCUAAUUGAAGCCUUCCCAGAGGAUGCGGCAGUCUAUACCUGUGAAGCCAAGAAUGACUAUGGAGUUGCCACAACAUCAGCUUCACUCUCAGUGGAAGUUCCAGAAAUUGUGUCUCCCGAUCAGGAAAUGCCAGUUUAUCCACCUGCCAUCAUCACCCCGCUUCAGGACACUGUCACUUCUGAAGGGCAGCCAGCCCGUUUUCAAUGCCGGGUUUCUGGAACAG